UGAUUCUUGUAGUCACUGAGGCAAGCCCUUAACCGCUCGAUCAAUCGUCCCCGCGUGCAUGUUUUAGUGGGUACGGUAUAUACCUUGUGGUACGUGCGUGUGUCUCCAGCGGCGGUGCUGUUUCAUCGAGCGUUUCGAGAUGUGACCAUAACCGGACGUGCCGCUGUCACAUCCUUUUCCAAUAGUCCUUGAAAGAAACUCUCGGUGUGGCUUAAUUUACGUCACCAUAUGGCAGGAGACGGGAAGCCAUUGACCUUGACUUUGGCUCGGCCAAAAGUCAUUCGUCAGUUCGGAGUUGCUGGCACUGGGCGAAGCCACGGGCCAAUGUCAUUAUUGAUUUGUCUCGACGAUUGGCAACUUGAAUUAUUAGGCGACUGGCGCAACGCUUAUAGAGUUGUAGUUUUAAAUGCUUUUGUGUGUUAGCACCGUUGCUAACCGGAGGGCGACCUCCUCACUGCAUUAAGUUUGCCCAAAAAUCCGGGAAUGGCCCAAACCGGAUUCAUCUCGACCUAAAAAAAAAUAAAUAUAUUUUUUUAGAAAAAUGAAGGAAAUGCUUAUAAAAUGAUGCUUGAAAAAAUAAAAAAAAAGAAAAGCGCGUCUGUCUGUGUGUGUGUGUGUGUGCAUAGUUGUAUACGUAUAUAUCAAAUCGCACCUGCUGCAUUUGGGGGAAAAUGGACAGAGUAGAAAAGCAAAAAGAAACAUGCAACGCUCAUAAAUCAGAUUUAAUGUCACUUUUUUAUACGUUCUAAAAACCCACCGGCUUUGGAUGGUGUCACGAGAUAGUAUAUACAACUUUUAAGAGAAGAUCCGUUCACGUCGACAGCUCCUUAGGACGAAAAGAAGAAGAAGAAGAAGAAAAAACAUACCGAGCGAACAUAACCGAUGGCAUGUGGCUCCAGCCUCUUGUGUGCCGUCCAGCGCCAGGUGGAAAUGAGCGACGAGGAGUAAGUGUACACACCCAACAAUAAUAGCGUCAUCGUUGUCCGUCGCCCGUUUUCCAUUUUCGCUCAUUUAUCAACGACACGCGGUCGCGAUAAUCCGACAUUAGUGUCGGCCAGAGGGGUUUCUUUUCGUCUCGCUAUGGCCGUUCAUAAACGUCAGAAACGAUCCGAGCUGAAUCAGAAACAGAUAAUACUGAGAAGAUAAAGAAACAAAACACACACACACACACAAAAAAGCGCAAAAAGCGAAGAAAAAGAUGAAAAAAAUGCUUUGGAUGGACGUACAGCGCGGAGAUAAGCGCACAGAGGGGGAAAUAAGAGACGCUUAUUAUAGCGCCAUGGUUGGUGUGUCCUCGCGUUGGCUACACUAAAAGACGUGACGUGUUGAAUGUUAAACUGGGGUGGCACGCGGACAACAAGCCAACGGCAAGCCCCAACGAGAUUAGAUCGCCGAAUUUGAAUUGUAUGAACUGACCGUCGAUCCGUCUUCUCUUAUUUCCAGCCACACAUACAAACACAGCAGACACAUAAAAAAAAGCAAGCUGCGUUCAAUUUGGAAAAGAUUUACAAGGCGAAGAUUAAUUCACAAGCGUUUCCAAUCCGAUCCGACGAGUCCUCUGAAUUUCUUUUUCGGUCAUUUACACCUUUUUUUUUUUUUUUACCUUUUCAGGACGUCAAAAGUAAACAUUUUCUUGUUGUUUUUUUUAACGCUUUUAUGGAUCGUAUAUAUUAUAAGGAAAGGUUUUCACAUUUUUUCGGAGGCGGAUUCCCAUUUCUUCUUUGUAUUUUCAUUUUUUUUUUUUUUAUCAAAUCUCAACUUUCUUAUUCUUCCGUUCAGGUAGGCCAAUAGAAAAAAAUAUAUAUAUAUAUACAAAAAAGGGAGAGAAAACAAGGAAAAACCUAGAGUGAAGUCGGGGCGAUAUGUCAGCGACCCAGAAGGCGAGGCUUGUUUAAUAUGUGCACCAUCAUCAUCGACGGGUAUUUUUUCUGGGAGGCCGAUGUUGCCUUCUACCGAGAUAUCAUGAUACGAACCUAUGGCCUGGGACAAUGUUUAAGCUUGCACGAGAAAUAGAAUGUAUUAGGCUUGCCAAUGUACGGCCAUUCGGAAAGAUUUGCGUUUGGGGCAGUCACAAUCGAGCAGCCCUUCUCUUCUCUAAUUCUUUUUUUACUUCUUGCCGUCACUCUCUCUAGUGAUUUGGGCCCCGAAACCUACUUUCGAAAUCGACUUGUAAGAUGAUGGAUUCUCUUUCUCGAGCCUCCUUCCCAUUUUGACCUAACCAACAGCUUUGGCCGUUGUUCCAUUCAGUUGACGGUCUUUUUACGAGUUUCCCCCUUUUUUCUUCAUUUGGAUAUACUACCAACCAGCCUCUCAUCUUUCCAUCAACAACAACAGCAACAACAAUAACAACAGUCAGCAAGCCACCUGAUGGAGUCAAAAGGAAGAGAACGAGACACAGAAUGGAAAAGAAAAAAAUUCCAAAUUGAAACUUGCUUAUCGCACCACUCUCAUCUGAAGUUGAAAGACUACCAGGUUGAACAUUAACCGUUGGACGGCCUAUCUAAACGUCACAUCUCUUAUACUACCAUUUUUCUCCUUUUUUUUUCCCAUUCUAUUUAUACGCCAUAUAUAAGCAACAUGUACAUCUUUCUACGAGCGUCCGUCAUUCAGUUGAUUUUUCAUUUUUUUUUAUUUAUUGUUUUUUUUUUGCUUAUUUUAAUUUUUCUUUUUAAAUAUUUAUGCGCCGUCAUGAGCGGCAGGUUGGUGCGUUGUGCUUCUCUUUUCAGCAUACAUUACCAGCAGCCGAUUGAUUGAAUUAUUCCUCUUCUACGGCGCGCCUACAUAACAACGGAUGAAUGGGGUAAUACCAGCGACGCCCUUCUAAAGUGAAUAGGAAAAAUAAUACCGAAAACAUUGAGAGAGUUGCAAAACUAUCAGCUCUUUUCGAUUGUGUUGUGGGAACUCUACCCGGAGAAAGGAAAAAGAAAAAUACGUAGCGCGAUAUGUACCAGGCACCGAACGCGCCCAUCAAGCAAUGCCCACGAUAACGUCUGAUAGGCGUGUCGUCUCCAAAAAGCACAUCGCUAUAACAUAUCAAAGAAAAAGGAAGAAAGCGAACCAAAAAUAAAAAUAAACAAAAAAGGGGGGAGGGGGAUAGAAGAUAUGUGUUAUAGACACGAAAAAAGGAGAAAGAAACAAGAGAGUCUAUAUAUAAUAUUUGAAACGACUCUGUUGGCUUCACAAAGUGACAUCAUUGAGAUAAUAGGACCGAGAGGUCAGACAUCCGCGAGAUCGGGUCGUUUUGUUUGUUAGUUAGAAAGCUGCUGGCCAUGGACUUGCUAUAUAACUCUACAGCCAUAGAGUUUUGUAAGGAGAGGUGGUUUCUCGUCUUUUGCCGCAUAGCACACACUGACAGUCAUCUAACCUAAAGAGCCAGACGAGAGAUAAAUGAUGAUUGGGACAGCUUAUUGUUCAACAAUGUGAAAGACGACGAGGGUCUAGGAAAGUUUGCUCUGUCUGCCUGCGAAAGAAAGGAUGAACGUUGACAGGAAUGACGAGAUUUAAAGAUGCAGACAGCCUUAAUAUAGACCAAACGUUGGCGCGCUAUCGACGAUUUUUACAAAUUGCUCGUAUAUUCGAAAAGACGUGAAUUGUACGUAUACAUAAAUAUAUAGCCCGUCAUUGUGAAAAUAAAAUGGAAAGACUAAGAGAGAAAGAGAGCGCUGGCGGCUAGAUUCGUGAGAUCGGGAUUCUUCUCCGCCUUUAUAUACUGUAUAGUCUGCGCAUAGAAUCGAAUCAACACCACCGCUGCGAUCGAAGACAAACAAUCCAGUCAGAGUAAAGUGUGUUUUGUGGCUUAAUGACUAGCCUUAUCGUGACGUGGCGCGUCCAUUUCCCUCCCCUCCCGUCAAUCGUUUGCAGGUUUUUGCCACCUCAUUCUCGAUUCUUGAAAUCUUUCAGGCAUCCUUUGCCAUUGCUGCGGGUAAGUCAGGACUGGGCUGAGAUGCUAUCUCCGCCUUACAGAACAAACAACAUAGACGGCCGUAUAAACAAAUAGAGAACGCUCUCUCCAUCUUAAUUUUUUAGCUAACGUACAUAAUUUUUUUUCUUCUACCCAACAGCUAUUCAGCUCGCUGUUGUUCCCUUCGUCAAGUUCGAGACGUAAAUUGCACUCCCCAAAAUGAUGCACGCGAUAAUAUUUAUAGUCUAUUUGGCCUCGAUGCAAUCGUUCAACGGAUCACAUCAAACAAUCAAUCACUCUACCGAUAGACGUACCAUCGAAUACCUCAAGUCGUCUAAAAAUGUUGCUGGACAGCGGAGAAGAACACCAAAUUAAUGAAAGCGUUUUGCGCAUCUGUUCGUAUCCAAAUUAGGUCAGGACCUGCGCGCAGUAUUUAGCGCGCAAAUGUCAUCAAUCUCUUUCGGUGCAUCGAACCGUAAACCUUUUCAUUUGUGAAUUCGUUCUCCUGUGCUGGGCCAUCACGUUACAACAUAUAGUUGGCUAUUCGUCCAUCAGUUGCUAUAACGCUCUGCGGUUAACGCCAAAGUCCGCGUAGGCCUCCGACAGUUCUUGGAAAACCGGAGCCGUUCCUCAAUGCCACCACGAUUACUGCCGCCGUCUUGCCGCACAGUUUUUAUGUUCUGUCUCGCCGCAUGCCGCGUGAUGGAUACAGCCCAUGGAAGAAUUCUUGGAAACAACGUCGCUCUCAUUUACGACGAUGGGCUCGACCUGGUCCGACCGAGCAGCCACAUCGAGUUAUGGAUGACCAACGUCCUCGAUGAUGCCCGACACAUGCGAUGUCCAUCAUCAAUUAGCUUCGCGAUGUUCCGGAUGUCAUCGAAGUUGGAUGCGAUUACCGACAUUGUACAACACGAACGAGCCGGAGGUCGGAUGUUAUUCGACGGGAUGGUGUUAGCGGUAACACAAUGUCGGGUCGCUGAUGUCCUCGAACCCAUACUGAUGUCGUCAACGACGCCGCGUCUGAGGCUGGAUUUCAUAGCUUGCCCAUCUGAAGCAGCUGGACUGGAAAUUGAACGUUUGGAACUUUACCGUCUCAAUGCAAGUGCUUAUUAUGUACUGGCAUCACCGCAUGUUCAUUUUCAUUAUCCAAUUUCCUAUUGA